CAGCCCCAGAUUUGUUGAUUUCUGCGUCUGACUGUGAGCUGUAGGAUAUUUACUGCGAGGCUGUUACAGCCGGUGCUUCAGCAAACACAGUCAAGAUGCCUGUGGAUCCAGAGAGCUGCUUCCUCUGCAUAUCAUAUCAGAGCAGCAGUGACUUCUAUCCUCACGCACUGUAGAUGUUUAACUAGAUGAUUCUCUGUAUUUAGAUAUAUGCAGUGUUGUGUAUACAGAAAAACCAGCAAACCUACAUCUGUUAAUCUUCCCCAUCAUCACUGAACCUGCCUUGUGUGACAAGUUGGUGUAAGUCUUGUAUAACAGGUCAGUGACGUCAGGUUGUAAUCGCUUUUUCACUCGGCCACUAAAUGAGCCAACAGACCAAAGCACAGCUGGCACCAGGCCACAGCCUCCCAGGAGGAUUACUGAUCUGGGACCAGCUGCUCCAUUGGAACAAAAAGUGCCACAUGAACAUACUGUGAUAAGAACAUCUCACUGUGGCCGGUCUACAGCAUCUUCAUAUCAUAUUCACUUGUACUGUAGCUGUUAAGAAUCGUCUAAAGUUGUUAAUCCUCUUUGAGAUAAUCAAAUCAAUUACAGAUAAGAAGCGUGUGGAGACACAUUUAAUUAAACCGCCCUGAAAACAUGUCGUUAGCGACAGAGCUUUCUUUGCGGUACAUGUGAAAGGCCUGACGUGUUGCACUGAAGCUAAUUUAGUAGAAACUGACAGACUCCGCCGACCUCAUGCGUCGUAAAGCUGUAGGCUCAUAUGAGGGAGGAGAGAGGACAUGUGUAUAUUGACUGACGACAGGACCUAGUGAGUCUUCAUCGCUGCGUCAACAGCAAUUACAUCCACGACCAAAGGGAGUCGUUUUAAUUAGACGCUCGUGAAUCUGACUUAAUGAAACAGUACAAAAGACGUCAAAGUCAGGUAAAAGUGAAUCAAUGUAAAUGACACAAAUAAAAACAGCCACAUAUUAAUUAAUCAAAGCAAGUGUUUAGGUCAUUAAUCAUGCUGAACGCUAUGACACACACUGAGCAGAGCACAGCAGGACCAGUCACAUGACAGUCCCGCCUGCUUGGCCUUCUGUGCACAGGCUCCCACCAACACGUGUUGGGAAGUCCGUCUCAGCAUUUACACGUUUCCUGUCCUUUCGUUCCCCACAGUGGGUAAAUCAGGUGAGUAGAAAGUAGAAAGAGAAGUAAGAAAGAUCGGUUCGGUGGCUGCCAAAGAGCUGCUGGCCCGGGGCCCGCUGACCUGGCUGGGGGCACAGUGUUUAGUCCACUCCCACGGCCUGUGGGACUCGUACAGUGAUCACACAGCCUUCAAUACUUCACCUCACGCGUUUUCUACUUCACCGGGUAAAGUGCAGCAUCAGCGGACGAGGAUUACGCACGUAAAACCUGAGAGACCGCUGCAGCAGAGGCAGAUUUGUCUGUAGCAGUUUAAGGUUUUUAUCCCAGUGGUACAAAAGUAAACAAGACAAAACCUUUGAGCUGCUCAUACAUAAAAAAUCAGACUUUUGAUUUCCAAAAGCAGGAAAAUGCUCUUUAUUCGUGCUUCCAUGUGCGUGUCAGCGUGUGUUUGAGCUUCUCACAUAGGCUGCAAAAAAGCCGCUUAUCAGACAAGAGUCAUCAAGAUAAACAACAUGAUUCACAGCUGGCAACGUCAACAAACACACACACUGACGUCCAGAAACGCGGAUUGGCCUCAUGAGCAGCUGAUGUUUGCUGCUCAGAGUGAGCGUGAGAUAAUGGAAUGAGAUCCUCUGCCUUGAAGAAUCUGGCAAAUGCGUUCUGUCUCGCUCACAGACGUGAACAAACACACGCACACACACACACACACACACACACACACACACACUCUGUGGCCUUAGUGUGAGUGGGUGAGUAAACAGUGGGCAGCUGUACUUUGGAGCGGUGGAUUUGACAGCAGAGUGAAGUCAGACUCUGUCAGAAACAGAAGGACAACUCGUAACAAGAAGAUGGCGAGCGUUAGCCUCCUGGUCGUGCUGGCUGCUUUACUGCUGGAGGCGAGCGGAAGGGCAGUGGACCUCACCAGGAAAACAGAAGCUGUGUUUGUGUCGCAGCAGGCGGCCGACGCCGUGCUGCGACGCCAGCGCAGGUUCAACAGCGGCCACUUGGAGGAAAUUCAAAGAGGCAACCUGGAGCGGGAAUGUAAGGAAGAGACCUGCACGCCGGAGGAGGCCAGGGAGGUCUUUGAGAACCACGGGGAAUUCAUGAAAUUCUGGGCCAGCUACGUCGACGGGAACCAGUGUGAGUCCGCUCCCUGCCAGAACGACGGUACGUGUGAAGACGGAAUGAGCACCUACGUCUGCUGGUGCAAACCCAACUUUGGCGGCAAGAACUGUGAGAUUGAGGUGGACAAGCAGUGUCUCACCAACAACGGCGGGUGUUCCCACUUCUGCCGCAUGCAGAAGGAGCGACCUGUGUGUCAGUGUGCGGCUGGUUACAAACUGGGGCCAAACAAGAAAAGCUGCGAGCCAACAGGCCCGUUCAGCUGUGGCCUCGUGGAGCUGACCUCCACCUCCAACACCAGGUCCAUCGUCAAUCCACGAUCCUCAAACUCAACGCACUACCCUAAAAGCAAGUCCAAUUCCAGCAACACUCUGGAGGACGGCUUCUACGAUGACAACAUAACAGACAUAUACGAUUACUACGAGUUCGCUCAGGCUGAUCCGGCGCCGCCCAACGCCUCUGCGGUUCACAAACGCUCGCCCAGGUCAGAUUCAGGCUCCCACGCUCUGAAGAACAGCAGCGAGACAAGCAACGCCACAGGGACGGAGGACAAGAAGGAUCCGAGCUUCUGGGCUUUCUUUCCCACGAUCCCCACAAUAACAGAAAAAGACAACACGGACCAGAGGAUUGUGGGAGGGGAUGCUGCCUCAUCUGGAGAGAUACCGUGGCAGGUGACUCUCAUGGCCUAUUCAGCCAACUAUGGGAAAGUCAUGCACUUCUGUGGAGGAUCUCUGCUCAGUGAACUAUGGGUCAUCACUGCUGCCCACUGCCUAUUUAGACAAAAUAAACGUAUCUCAAAUACAGACUUCUUCGUCAGAUUAGGUGAACUUGACCUCAAUGAGGAAGAGGGUCCAGAGCGAGACUACCUGGUAGAACAGCUUCACAUCCACCGUAGCUACAAUUACAUGAAGUCGCAGUACAACCACGACAUCGCCCUGCUGAAGCUCGCCAACCCAGUGGAGCUGUCCCACCACCGGCGCCCCAUCUGCCUGGGCCCCUCCCAGUUCACGGAGCGCGUACUCAUGCAGUCCAGCAGCUCCCUGGUGAGCGGCUGGGGAGCCCUCAAGUUUCACGGCCUCAAGGCCACCAAGCUCCAGAAGCUGGCCAUGCCCUUCGUGGACCGCAAAACGUGCAAGGAGAGCAGCCGCGACCACGUCACCCGCUUCAUGUUCUGCGCCGGCUUCCCGAGCGGAGACAAGGAUUCGUGCGAGGGCGACAGCGGCGGGCCGCACGCCACCAAUUACAAAGGGACCUGGUUUCUCACGGGGAUCGUGAGCUGGGGGGAGGAGUGUGCCCGCGAAGGGAAGUACGGCAUCUACACCCAGAUCUCCAAGUACUACGCGUGGAUCAGCAACACGACCAAGAUUCACGUCGCCAACUGACUGAGUAAACUGAGAAUUGUGUUGUUCAGCAGUUUUGAUAUUGUAAAAUUCCAAUAAAAUGCAUCUCAGUGUUUGAA